UUUUUUUCCCCACCCAAGUAAGAGUGUUCUGCGACAAACCUUUCAACCCAACUCAACUUAAACGACUUGAUUAAUCCGAUCAGCUUUCUUCGCGCCCGCCGAAGUUGGAUUUUUGUGGGUGGAGUAGAAAUUUGAUGAAUAAUAACGAUAAGGAUGUUACUUCGGUUGUCUUCGCCUGUCCUGUGCCGAUGAUUACAAGGAGUUUCAGACAGACUAAUGUCUUUUCCUCAACGAAUCUACUUGAAAAGUUCUGCGCUUGCGAGCCGAGAAUCAGUGGUCAAAUUAGCGAAUUCACUUACCGAAACUGAAGCGCACCAGUCCCAACAAAAAUGGUCAAGGCUAUUAGAGUUCAUGAAUUCGGUGGACCCGAGGUUUUGAAGUGGGAAGAUGUGGAGAUAGGGGAGCCAGGGGAGGGCGAGAUACGUGUUAGAAACAAAGCUAUUGGGCUUAAUUUUGUUGAUGUCUACAUUCGCAAUGGAGUUUAUAAAGUCCCCACGCCCUUCACUCCAGGUGUGGAGGCCGUUGGGGAGGUGACGGCUGUAGGCCCUGGAUUGACUGGUAGGAAAGUUGGAGAUCUCAUAGCUUAUGCAGGUGAAACAAUGGGUUCAUAUUCUGAACAGCAGAUCCUCCUUGCAAACCAUGUUGUGCCUCUUCCUCCCAACAUUGAUCCUAUCAUUGCAGCAUCAGUCAUGCUUAAGGGUAUGACGACUCAAUAUCUACUCCACCAUUGCUUCAAGGUUGAAAGGGGGCACACAGUUCUUGUUCAUGCGGCAGCAGGGGGAGUUGGGUCUUUGUUAUGCCAAUGGGCAAAGUCCCUUGGAGCCACUGUCAUUGGAACUGUCUCAACCAAAGAGAAGGCAGGUCAAGCCAAGGAUGACAGAUGUCACCAUGUUAUAAUGUAUAAAGAUGAGGACUUUGUUACCUGUGUCAAUGAGAUAACAUCAGGAAAUGGGGUUGACGUUGUUUAUGAUUCUGUGGGAAAAGACACCUUUCAGGGUUCCUUGGAAUGCUUAAAGAUACGUGGGUACAUGGUGAUCUUCGGGCAGUCAUCGGGUGAACCAGAUCCAGUUCCACCAACAGCACUUGGAGUAAAAUCUCUGUUUUUGACAAGGCCUACGUUCAGGCGGUACAAUUCGACUCGAGAAGAUAUGCUGGAAAAUAUUGGAGAGGUGUUUGCUAAUGUGGCUUCGGGUGUCUUAAGGGUUCACGUAAACCACAGAUACCCCUUGUCACAGGCUGCACAGGCACACAGAGAUCUCGAGAGCCGAAAAACUUCUGGCUCAGUUGUGUUGAUACCGUAAGUCGGAAGUCUUUAAUCUCCACCUGUAUUAAUUUGGUGAUUGAGCAGCUUCUACCUUAUUUACAUAUAUAUGCUUGUUUGAACAAGGUGCAUUGAGAGAUGGCUAUAAGCCACUUUAUAAAUUAGUUGGUUA